UUAGUAGUGUUCAUAUUUGCUAGAAUCUUGUAAUAAACAUCCUUUUUCUAAUUUGUUUAUUAUUAAUUAGGUCUAAUACCAACUUUAAUUUUUAUAUAUUGAACCAAUUUCAGAUGAAAGGGUGAAUCAUUGUAGAAGCCACGAAGUAUUUUUUUUUUUUGUUGAAAAGUAAAAUAUCUUAACUACGUGGAUACAAAGUUCUAUUUUUUUUUUUUUUUUAUAUUUACUUGACAAAAAACCUCCACCCUUUGAGCUUUACACUUAACUAAAGUUUUUAUGCAACAUUUUCCUUAAGUUGAUAGUUGUUCUUGAAAAAAAACAAGAGAUCUAAUUUAAAAUUCUAAACUUAUAAAUUGAAUAAGAGGAAAAAUAUAACUUUAGAAUUUUUUAAUACGGAGUAUUAAUAUUGACUUAAAAUAGUUUCAUGCACCUAAACCAAGCUUAUUAUUCUAGAAUAAAGAAAAACGGUGUAGGAUAGACUUAAAAAAUCAAAAGUCUACGAAAUUUCUAAUUUCCAUACCCUUUAUUUGAAAAAAAAAAAAAGAUGUGAAAACCCAAAAAUACCCCGAGACAGCCACUUCUCUACUUGGAAAAAUAUCACCACCCAAAGGCCACGUAAACCCAAAAAAAUGGGCAAAUUAAAUACUAGAUGACGUCAUCCAAGACUUAGCUUACGUAAUCCUGACCCAAAAACUUUCUUCCCGGGCUAUUCCUUAAUUUUCUACAUACACAUAAUGACUAUAUAUAUGUACAUCACUUCAUGUACUUUGCUAACCAAAAUAUUCUUAUUUCGCAAUUCACACUAGUAAACCAACACUACUUCAUCGUCUCUUCAUUUUCUCUCUCUAAAAAUAAGAAUGGAAGGUAGCACUAGCGAUAUUGUAAUGUCAUCACCCGUUGGAGGGGGAGCAUCACCGUGCUCCCCCCAGUCUCCGAACUCUCCUCCUUCUUAUGGCCACGGUCACCAGACAAGUUCUGGUAGUCCGCCGGUUGUAAUGAGCCCGUGUGCAGCUUGUAAGAUCCUUCGACGUCGUUGUGCUGACAAAUGUGUGUUGGCUCCUUACUUUCCUCCUACAGAUCCCCUCAAAUUUACUAUUGCUCAUAAGGUCUUUGGUGCCAGCAAUAUAAUCAAGUUACUCCAGGAUCUUCCAGAAUCUCAACGAGCAGAUGCAGUAAGCAGUAUGGUUUACGAGGCGAAUGCUCGGCUUCGUGAUCCGGUCUACGGAUGUGCCGGAGCAAUAUGCCAGAUUCAGAAACAAGUUAGUGAGUUACAAGCAGAAUUAGCAAAGGCUAAGGCAGAAGUUGUGAACAUGCAAUGCCAACAAGCUAAUUUACUAGCCUUUAUUUGCAUGGAAAUGACACACUCCCAAGAUGUUGUCAUGCCUAACACUACGUCCUCGUCGUCGCCACCACAAGACCCGUACGAGACAAGCCCUAAUAAUAACAGUUUCUUGAAUUUCUACGAUGAUAACAACACCUUAAGCUCAGUUUGGGAGCCUCUUUGGACUUAGAAGAAAAAAUGAUAUGAACUUGAUAUUAGACAAUUUUUUUCAACAAAAUAAACCUAAAAUCCUUACUUAGGAAAGACAUUAAAUGGGACAAAAAAAGUUGUUUCAUUAAGUCAUAGUUUUAUUAGAAGAAGAGAGACUUUGAAAUUGGAAAAAAAAAAAAAAAAAAAAAAAGAGGAAAAAUGACGGUAAUGCUGUCCUUUCAAUGAUCGCACUUGUUAGCUAGUUAGCUACGAUAACUAGUAUACUAAUUCUUGUAUCAAACUUAUCUCUUAUUUGGUAACCUAA